CAGGUCAGGGGAGGCAGUAAUGGAGAAGACUUAUGAAUAACGUAUAAAUCUGUUAGAUAUUGAAAUUGACUUGUAUCUACCUUUUGUCCCUUCUGCUUUAAAUGUAUGGAGAUGUCCGAGUAGCUCUGGUGUGUUAGUUCAGAUUUGCUUUGGAUGUUUUUUUUCCCCUUCCAAUGUAGUGUCCUUGGGCUUGUGAAAGAUGCUAUAUGAAUUAAAUAUUAUUGUUAUUGUUGUUUAUUAUUAUUAUUACUGAUGAUGACUGGUUGUAGUUAGAAGGUAAACUGUAAGUGACUGGUCGUGGUUAAAUAUAGACGUUGGACUUUUCCUCAUAUCAACUUUCAUCUUUUCCAAAUUUACAGCACAGAUGUCACCUCAUUUAGAGUUUGUCCUAAUCUGUUUUUCCACAUUGAGUAUUAAGUGAAAGCUACUUUUAAAUGUUAUCAGUUUUUAUUACCUUUCGUUUUAAUCAUUUAUCCAUAUAUUUUCCUCCGGAAUGCCUUUCCAUGACAAGGAGUGAGAUGGUUCCCAGGGCUGCCAGAUCCGUGUUCUUUGUGUCUCUCCCCUCUAAAUUUUGUGCUUCUCAUGGUCGGUCUCAUCACUCACUUCCAUUGACUCAGAGUUCUCAGAUGGUGGUGAGAGCCGUUGCUUUCUGGACAAGCCUGGUGAUGUCAUCGGGACUGUUGCAAUGAUUCGCGUGUGGUUGCCUUUCAUGUUCAGCUUGUGGACACACAGGGACCAGAAACUGCAAGUGCUGGGGAGCCACGUCAGUCCUUCAGGCAUAGCGCACGUCCCCCCAGCAGAGCGCCGACACAGCAGAGUUUGACAUGAGUUAACGCAUCACAGCCGACCAUUAAUCACAACAAAUAUUCAGAAUCAAAAGUAGCUCACCAAAAUAACAUGUAAGAAUAUAAAACAUUUCAACUUUAGCUUCAACCACAAAUCAUAAAUAUCAGCCCUAUGUUUAAUAAAGCCUGCUCUAUGGGGUGAGUUCAUAUCUGCUAGGUUAUUUUGGUUGUUGCUUAUGGGUGAGCCAUGCCAGCACUUCUGUUCCAUGACUCCAUCAUGAGCUCAGCCCCACUAGCACUGUGGGACUGACGUGUUCCUGUCUUGAUGACUUCAGCUGAGCAGCAGUUCUAUGUUGGCUGAGAAGCUUUGGGCUGCCUGACUACACCGGACCAGACCGUCCUUACCCUGUGGCAAAAGUGCGCCGUAUUGCUGAUUUCUGUCCUACUGGUAGAAAGGUUUUAGCUUGUUCCCACAUUUGCUACUGUUUUACUGCCUCAAGCAAUGGUUUAGAUUCCUGUUGUCCUAAGCAACAAGUUGAUUACAGUAAUAAAACCCCACCUGGCUUGUUCAGAGUGCUGUCGGAUGACUCUGGCCAGAGUGUGUCCUGCCAACCGAAGGUCUAGGAAGUGUGUCAUGAGUUUGCAACGUACUCGACCCGUAUAGAGUGUGUGAAUUAUGUGGAGUCCUCUCCCUCUAGGAUGCCCACGCAGCAGGCCCAGGGAGAAGAUGACUUCACUGAUCUACUGCAGCCUCUGUUCAGUGGCUCAGGGCCCCCACAUAGCAUCUGUCACGCUUGCUGCGUACGAGUGUGGCUCCGUCAACUUCCCCGAGCCGCCGUACCCGGCCCAGAUCAUAUGUCCCGACGAGGAAGCGGCUCCAGACAGUAUCUCCCUCUGGACCAUCAUGUCCAAGGUCCGCUUGGAGGCCUGCAUGUGGGGUGCAGGCACAGCUAUUGGGGAACUGCCACCCUACUUCAUGGCGCGAGCAGCGCGUCUCUCUGGAGCUGAACCAGACGAUGAAGACUACAAGGAAUUUGAGGAAAUGCUGGAGCAGGCCCAGAGUGCACAGGACUUUGCAACGAGAGCCAAACUUGCUGUUCAAAACAUGGUUCAGAAAGUGGGCUUCUUGGGAAUCCUUGCGUGUGCCUCAAUCCCAAAUCCCUUGUUUGACCUGGCUGGCAUUACAUGUGGGCAUUUCCUUAUUCCAUUUUGGACCUUCUUCGGGGCAACUUUAAUUGGAAAAGCAGUAAUUAAGAUGCACAUCCAGAAACUGUUUGUUAUCAUAACAUUUAGCCGACACAUAGUGGAGCAGAUGGUCUCUCUGAUCGGUGCUAUACCUGGAGUUGGAGCUUCCUUGCAGAAGCCUUUUAGUGAAUACCUUGAAGCCCAGAGAACGAAGCUGCAUCAUCCAUCUGGAGAUGGCACACCUGCGGGGGAGAACUGGCUUUCCUGGGUUUUUGAGAAAGUGGUACUUGUCAUGGUCUUCUAUUUUAUUCUGUCUAUCAUAAACUCCAUGGCACAGAGCUAUGCCAAGCGGCUCCAGCAGAGGAAAUACUCUGAGGAGAAAACCAAGUGAUAGACUUACAGUAAACCAUCUCUGGCUCCUAUUCUGGGAGCUAAGAAACGUUUAACCACAAAGGCUAAAUGAGCACUAAUUUAUGUGUGCUUCUCUGUGUAACAUUAUGUUGGAUACCCAACUUCCUUUUUUUUCUCAUUUGUCUGUAGUGUUUGAAUAUUAAAAUCAGAUGUUAUAACGGUGUGAUUUUUACUUCUACAGAGACAAGACAGUCUAGCAAAGACUGAGCAGUUAUACUUGUUGCAAUACCUCAUGCAACACAGCAGGGUCAUGCUUCCAUUGAAGUGAAUACAGUUCUGAUCGCUAUAAUUUAUUUAAUUUUUAUGGUAACGAUGUGUCUAGGCAGGGUCAGAUUUGUAAGCUGUAUGUUAUGAGAAUGUUGAUGCAUUGGCUGUUUUCAGGGAGUUUUUUUUUUUUUAACCUGUCACUUUUUUCUUUUUGUUAUACAAGGAUAGCAAUAUCAAAACUUCAGUGCGAUUACUUAAUAGUUUACGCAUUGUGUAAAUAAUUAGUUUCAACAUGAAUGCAUAGCUUUGUUGAAGUCUGAAGAGAACUAUCCAUCUGCCAUAAAGACUGAACUGAUUUUAACCUAGUAAGGCAGAAAACUGACCUUGCCUCAUGUGCUGUGCGUGUAGAUGUCUCCCUUUAGAAACUGCCUCAUUCUUGUUUUUCUGUCUGCCUUUGUUCUGUAAGUAGAAAAAAAAUCUCUCAGCUAAUGUUGACUUACUUUUUGACAUUAAAUUGGAAUAAUAUCA